AUGAAUUCAACUUAAUAACCGUCAAACACAACUCCAAAUUAAAUGAGAUAACACUCUAAGUCAUUUUCUGUGUCUGCUACUUAAAAACUUAGUUAGUAAUAAAAAAAAAUUGAAAGAUCUUAUGAAGAAAUUAUAGCAGAAAAACAAUUAUCUAAUGUAGAACAAUAAAGACUUACAUCUGUUUUCAAUUACCUUUUAACUUUUAAUAAUGAAAAGAUUAAAUUAUCUGAACCUGGAAUAACAGCAGAAACCUUAAUGAAUGCACUUGAAAAAGUUGAUUAUAUAUUACCAAUUAAAGAAGCAGAAUUAUUCAUUUGGGAAAUAGAUGAAGAUGGAGAUAAAGUUAUAUAAUUUUAUGAAUUUCAAAUGAUGUAUAAAAGAUGCAUCUUUGAUCCUACAUUAUUAGAACCUAGGUACAUUUUGUAAUAAUAAUUAGAAAUUUAUUUAAUAUUGUUUAGUUCUUUAUGUAUGAUAAAGCAAAACAUGGCAAGAUAACAGUAGAAGAUACAUUAGAAUUAUUGUUUGUGCGUCAUGGAAGAGGAGGUUUAGAUGAAGAGAUUUAAGCUAUAUUUGGUAGAGAAGAAAAAAAUAGUGAUGGAACUGAAAAAACAUUAAGUUUUACAGAAUAUUAUGAGAAAACAAGAAUUAGAGAUUUUUAAAGAAGAAAGGAGGCAGAAUAAGCAAGAAAGGAAGUUAAACUUCCAUUACUUGAUGAUAAAAAAUGA